GCUGCUUAGUGAAGUCGACAGGUUUUCUGCAUAGUCUAUGCCAGCCAGACUUGUGGCGUUUCUCUUCAUCCUUAUCAAGGGACCCGCCAUCUGCAAGAUGAUCGAAGCCUGCGUAUAGCAACCAGAAGAUCUAUUGGAAGCCGAUAAGAUUAGCUUUGCAAAGGACCUCAGCCGCGGGAGCAGGUUAUCUCUCACCAAUAAUCAUCGUGGUUCGCGCAUUUGACUUCCCAAGACAGUUAACUGGAAAACGCACCCUAUCCCUCGCCGGGUUGCCAGAUCCUGGGGUGAUGAGGCAAAGCCAAUAGCCAUCAAUCAUUGGACCGUAUCUUAUCGGCGAUGGAGGAUAUGCUUGAGCGAUUGCCCCCCCGAUAACGAGCGGCCCAUUUCACAGUGCCCAUUACUGGAUUAUAUUUCAUCAUGAAUGGAGCCAGUUUAAGUACAAGAGUCUUGGCUCGAGCAGAUAAGGACACGAGAAGCUCAAAACAAACGUCGUACCCGAUCCUACGGUAAUCUGAGUACGGCCAAGAGAUGUUGCAGAUCAAGGGAGAAGGUGAGGAUAAAUUGCGAUGCAGGCCGACAGAUUCUCCAGCAUUUCGCUUGCUUCCCAAGAUCGAUCGUUCGAGACACAAGAGCGAAUGCUAUAAUAUAUUGUUGUCGUCAUCUGAGCUUCUCCCCGAAUAGAGAGCGCGUCUACUCGUCAUGGCUGCGCCGGUGUACAAUGCUUCUAUGCCCGAAGGGGGCGAUCCAACCAAAGUCGACGUCAAUGCACAAUAUGCAGGAUUGGAGUACAAUUAUAUUUACAUUACCGCCUGCACUUUUAUCGUCUUCUUAAUUCUGCCCGGGAUCGCCUUCCUCUACAGUGGAUUAACCCGACGGAAGUCCGCAUUGGCCCUCCUUUUCCAAGGCUUUAUGAUCCUUGCGGUUGUCACAUUUCAAUGGUUAUUCUGGGGUUAUUCUCUAGCUUAUUCCAGAAAUGGCGGACCAUUCAUCGGCACACUGCAGAAUUUUGGACUGAUGAAUGUCAUGGUGGCACCCUCUCCCGGUUCCGCCGUGCUUCCCGAGAUCGUCUUCUGCCUCUUCCAGCUUCUUUUCUGUGCUUGCACGGUAAUGAUACUUGCGGGAGGUGCCUUUGAACGAGGUAACAUCUUGCCUUCUCUGAUCUUCAGCUUCUUCUGGGCCACGAUCGUCUAUUGCCCUCUAGCCAGGUGGACAUGGAGCAGCAACGGUUGGCUUUAUAAGUUUGAGGCUAUCGACUUCGCUGGAGGUGGUCCCGUCCAUAUAGCUUCGGGUUGUGCCGCUUUAGCAUAUGCGUUGGUUCUGGGAAAGCGGUUGCACCAUGGAGAAGCCUCGCCGCGCAAACCCCACAACACGACGUUAGUAUUUCUGGGAACAGUUCUCAUCUGGACAGGAUGGCUCGGGUUCAACGGUGGAUCGAGUCUUAACGCCAGUAUGCGUGCCAUGGUGGCCGUCUUCAACACCAAUACGGCAGGAUGCACGGGGAUCCUGGGAUGGGUCCUGGUCGACAUGAUCAAACACAAGGGUAGAUUUUCCGUGGUUGGGGCUUGUGAAGGCGCCAUUGCCGGUCUCGUGGGGAUCACACCAGCUGCCGGCUGUGUUUCUCUUUGGCUCGCGGCUUGCAUUGGGUUCAUUACCGGCAUCGUCUGUUCAUCACUACAGAACAUUAAUGACUGGCUCAGGAUUGACGAGGGCAUGGAUGUCUUCAAGCUUCAUGGGGUUGGGGGCAUGGUCGGUGCCUUCUUGACCGGACUUUUCGCGAGUGAAUCCAUUUCAGCCCUGGAUGGGGCCAGUCUUACUGGCGGAGCGAUCGAUGGCAACGGAAUCCAGGUAGGCCGGCAACUUGCUGAGAUCUGUGCUAUCGCCGGAUAUUCCUUUACUGUGUCCUACAUCUUGCUCUUCAUUCUCAAGUACAUCCCUGGGAUGCGUCUACGGGUGGAUGAGGCAUCGGAGAUGAUGGGUCUCGACCGGGCACAGUUCUUUGACGAACAGAUCGGAGACUGGUCGAUGGCACAUGGCAUGAGCAGUCCGAUGAUGAUGGGGGUGUCUAAAGAGCCAUCUGAGUCAAAAGACGAGCAGACACAGAAGAAAUCGGGAGUCUAGCGGUCGUUUAUGGAUAUAUGUACAUCCCAGUAACAGGGUCCGAAGACUCCACACCUUGGCGAUCUGGGGAAUCCGGAUUGGUCUUCCCAAGGGACUCGAUCGUCAAUGGAAUUCUUCUCCAUUGUUUAUGGGGUCGGUCGCCGACGGGAUGAUCACUCGUAGGUCAAACGGUUGGUGCUCCAUGUUGAACAG